UGCAGUGGGCGCUGUAACCGCGUAUCGUUACGUUCUUUGCAGCCACCAUCGCGCUUAACGAAGAAGACAUCAGAGAUUUAGAGCACGCGUAAAAAUGGCCGCAAAUCCGCCUGGACCAGACAAAAACCGGGCUGCUAUUCUAGCUGAGCUGAAUAAGGAGAAGAGACGCCUGAUCCAGAGUCAGUCUAUGAAUAACCCUGGAGCCAGCAUUCCUCUUUCUAGACCGGCAGUAAAUAAAGAGUUUAGGGACCAGGCUGAACAGCAGCAUAUUGCUGCACAACAAAAAGCAGCUUUACAGCACGCACAUGCACACUCGUCCGGAUUCUUCAUCACUCAGGAUUCCUCCUUUGGUAAUCUCAUAUUGCCUGUGUUACCGAGACUUGACCCGGAGUAAAUGAACACUUUAUUCAUUCAGUGUUUGCAUUUACUUCAGUCUUUGUUGUGGAUGUGCUAGGUGACCUUCAUUUUUCAAGAAUCCAAGCUUUGUUGUUUUUUGUAUGUUUAGAUUGUUGUCGCUAGUCAAUAUAUUUUUUUAUGAUUGAACAUAAAAUGGAGAGGAGUAA